AUGAGCGCAUUGAAAUCGAUUUUUAACUUGGUCAAAACUGAUCAUGCUAAUGUGAAGCAAGCUUAUGAGAAUUAUAUCUCAGCGGAAGACAAUCUUGACGAACAAAACCGUUGGGCUAAUGAAUUUCGAUGGGAACUUGCUCGAAUUAUCGUAGCCGAAGAGCUUGUUGUCUAUCCAGCUAUUGAAAAGCAUUUGGGUGAUGAGGGAAAGCGAAUAGCCCAUGAAGAUCGUGCUGAACAUCAUAAAAUCAAAGAGCUCUUGAAAAAGCUCGAAACAACAUCGGUGUCCGAUCCAGACUAUCGUGUAACAUUCGACACAGCCAAGGACUUCUUAAUGUACCAUAUUGCAGGUGUAUAUGCUGCAUGUUUAAUUAAUAAUGCUGGGGAUGUUGGUUAUUCAGGUCCGACAUAUAUUGCUAUUCGUUCAGCUAAACAUGAUAAAAGUAUAUCAGCUAAUCAUCGAGAUGAUUUUAAUCGUUUAGUUAAGUUACAAGAAUUUAACUCGGCUGCACUUGAUUCUUCAAAUAACGUUAAACCUAUUGUUAUUAUAACCGUCGAUGGUGGACCUGAUGAAAAUCCUCGUUUUCCAAAAACACUUGCUUCAUCAAUUGAUAUAUUUAAAACUCACAAUCUCGAUGCAUUGUUUGUACUUACUCAUGCACCUGGACAAUCAGCAUUUAAUGCCGUUGAGCGUCGCAUGGCGCCUUUAUCGCAUGAUUUAUCUGGUCUUAUCUUACCUCAUGAUCAUUUUGGUACUCAUCUUGAUGCUAAUGGCAACACAAUUGAUCUUGAAUUGGAAAAACAAAAUUUCAAAAAAGCUGGUGAAGUACUUGCUGAAGCUUGGUCAAAUACAGUUAUUGAUUCUCAUCCUGUUGUUGCUUCUUAUGUGAAUUCAUCUUUUACUUCACAAGUAUCUUCAAAAAUUGAUGAAAGUUGGUGUGAUCGUCAUGUAUUACAAUCACAAUAUACAUUACAAAUCGUUCGUUGUAAUUCACAAGAUUGUUGUGGUGAGUGGCGCUCAAAUUAUCUUCAAGUCUUUUCUCAACGUUUUUUACCACCACCUGUUCCAUUCGUACAGGGCUCAUCGGGUCUUGUUAUUGCUGAAAGUGAUUCAGAACAAGACCGAUUCUGUGGCUCAUUAUUUCAACGUUUGCAAUUGAGCAAACUUAUUCACAAAGAACUAAAUUCUUCAUCAGUUCCAUUUGAUUAUUUUUGUACAUCAGUUAAACAAUCAAUUCCAAAACGAAUAUGUAACAUAUGCAACAAAUAUUUUCCUACUAUGGAAAGACGAAAAAAUCAUUGCAAAAUACAUAAGUCAAAAAUAACAAUUAUUGAUACAGAAAUUUCAUCCAGUGAUGAAAAUGAACAUCAUGAACCGACACUACAAUCAAUUAACAAAUCAGCUGACGACCAAUUAAAGAAUAUAUAUAUUAUACAUGAUCUUGCUGAAUGGUUAAAACCAACGUUCGAAGAAAUUUAA